GUCCUUUAAACCUAUGAUUUACAUGAACCACCUCAAAGGGCGAAAAUAUGAGCUUCAUGCACCUGGGUAUGACAAGGGGAGAUACAAGAUUGCCAUCGCAGAUAUUGUUGUCGCCAGAAGAGAAUAAGUACAGACUGCAUAUAAUGCGUAGCUAUUUGAAAGAGCUCGGUCAUCUCGCAGAGAUGUCUGAAGGUAGUGGACCUUUUAUUGGAAGUAUUAGGCCCCCACGUGUCUUCACUGCAUGAUAUCGAGCCCCUAUCCUCACUGUUCCUAGUGCAACUGCGUCUCAGCGAUAUAUUGAACUCACACAAUCUCCCCAGUUCACAUACCAAAGUGGCUAAAGAUAGUGUUUUCUAACAAAACUCGCGACUUUCUACUUACAACCUUGGAACUGUGCAUCUUUACAAGUACAAGAACAUCCUGCUGUGUUUCUAUUUGUUUCCUGUUUAGCGUUCGGUAUGUAUAGGCCGGUAGGGGCAAAAACAUAGAGAAGAAAUGAGUCUUCUUCUGUCUGCCCAUCCCAUUGCCAGGAAUUGCCAAGAGUGGCCAGCUAUGAAAUCAAACAGCAACAUCCCAUUAAUGACCACUGCUCUAGCUUGCACCCUUCAACAAACCUUGGAACCUACAUUGCAGCAUCUGUGUGAUGUCUUCAAAUGAGCAUCCUCUCGACGGAGGUUGGUCAGCAUGGAGUCAAGUUGGGGCAGCUUUCCUCAUAUCCUUUUGCACGAUGGGUCUAGGUAACUCCUUUGGAGCUUUCCAAGCCUACUACGAGCAGAACACACUUGAAUCCUAUUCCGAAUCAGAGAUCUCGUGGAUAGGGACAACGCAGGGGUUUCUACUCAGUCUUGGGGGCUUCUUCAGUGGCCCGCUUUAUGACAAAGGCGAUAUCAAAAUUCUCGUAUAUACCGGGACAGUUCUCAGUGUCGUUGGCUUGCUUAGCACCAGCUUUGCCGAACGGUACUACUCGACCAUCCUCUCCUUCGGCGUGACCGUCGGCGUAGCGUGUGGAGCAAUGUAUGUGCCAGCUCAAGCUAUGAUAUCAACUCACUUCGAGUCAAGAGCAUCACUUGCUCAGGGUAUCUCCAUGGCUGGAACAAAUGUUGGUGGCAUCAUUUACCCGAUUCUAGUUCGUCAGCUCGAAGACAAAAUUGGGUUUUCAUGGGCUUGUCGCGUAUUUGCGCUCAUGAAUGGUGUCAUGUUGACUACCGCAUGCCUGCUCAUCAAGCCGCGACGUAAGCGACCAGGAGAAAUAAAGCACUUUCAUUGGCAAACCUUUCGAAACUGGAAGUUGUUGUUAUUCGGUGGAUGCGCAUUACUGUUGAAUGUUGGAGUUGACGUGCCCUUCUUCUUCGUCCCUACCAUUGUUCUUUACAAGCUGAAUUUGCCUCCGGAAGUCGGCGACUCUCUGCUCGCCGGCCUGAAUGCCUCCUCUCUGCUUGGCCGUAUCUUUCUCAACUGGGUUGCUGGGAAAAUCAAGCCUAUAAACGUUUGGCAAUUCACCAUUUUCGCGGCGUGUAUUCUUUUCUUCUGUUGGUUUCUCAUUGGAGAUCUGGCGGGCAUGAUAGUUUUCAUCAUAUUCUAUGGGUUUCUUGUAGGAGGAUUGAUCUCACUCAUACCACGAUCUCUACAGUGCAUCUUCCCCGAUGAAGCCGAUUUCGGUGCUCGGCUCGGUUUAAUCGAGGCCCUACAAGGAAUCGGCUUUUUAGUCGGGCCACCCAUUGCAGGAGAGAUUCUGAUGUCACCGGCAAGCUACCUCGGAGUGAGUAUUUUCUUCGGUCUGAUUUACUUUACUCUAUUCAUGCUGGUGGGAGUCUUUACGUGGCAAAAGUUUGAUGGAAAGCCAUCGCGAGAUGAAGAGGCAAGUCUAGAUGAUGAGCCUCUAAGUGUCUUGUAUAGGGUGGCAGCAAGGGAGGGAUAGAGGUGAAGGAUUAAAAGUUCCAUAAAUCCAUGGACUGCAAGUGAGGGCAGUCUCUUGAACACUCAUUUCAGCGAAGUCUAGCCUUAGAUAUAACUAUGAAGAUGAAUCAAAAGACAUCAAGCUUGUUGGCUUGUCAAAACAACUUUUUGUAUGUGUAAGUAAAAGGAGA